CGCAUUCCCAAAACCAACACGCACCGAUAAAAAUUUUUUCCAAACAUGUGUUUACAUUUUCCGAGUUUUUUUCACUAAAAUAACGCGAUUCGAAGCUUAAUUUUCAUUAAAUAAUGACCCGGUAUAAUUAAAACGUUCGAAAUAAAGGUUAAAAUGGACAACACGAGUAAAAUCUUCGCCAGUAAUCGAAUCCUAGGCUACGUAAGUAACGGUGUCCCUUUGGUAACUCGAUACAUAAAACGUAGAAAAGAGAAUUUAGUGGUAACCUGUGUGGGUAAAUCGUUCUACACCUGGGGAUGUAAUCGAUUCAGCUUGCUAUCGGUUAGCAAACAACACACCGACGAUAUAAUAUGCCUGGCAGCCGAUACGUUUCUAAUAUUUACAUCGAGCGGUACUCAAGUGGAAGCUUGGCGAAGAGGUGUCGAACUAAUCCAAACGUAUCGAAGUUCUUCCAAUACAGCGAUCCAUCUUCUGCUUCCGUUCGGUCCUCAUUUGAUCGGAGUCGACGAAUCGAACACUCUGACGGUAUGGGAUAUUAAAACUACCGAUAUUUACGUCGAAUUAAACCUGCCUUCGGAGACGUUUCGAGUUACAGCCAUUUGUCAUCCGAAUUGCUACAUAAACAAGAUCUUACUCGGUAGCGAGAACGGAUCGUUGCAGUUAUGGAAUAUCAACACGAGUAAAUUGAUAUACACGUUCGUCGGCUGGGACUCGGCUGUUACGGUGGUGAAACAAGCGCCAGCUUUGGACGUCGUCGGUAUCGGAUUGAGAAAUGGUCGAAUUAUCAUCCAUAAUAUCAAACAAGACGAAACGCUGAUGACAUUCAUGCAGGAUUGGGGUUGUGUGACGAGCCUAUCGUUUCGAGCUGACGGUACACCGACCAUGGUUUCGGCAAGUAGCACUGGGCAUAUCGUUAUUUGGCAUUUAGAAGAACGAAGAGUCGUUAGCCAAAUGCAAGCUCACGAUGCUUCGGUCACAGGUUUAGAAUUCUUGCCAGCUGAACCUUUACUGGUGAGUUCUUCGAUCGAUAACUCGUUGAAAUUAUGGAUUUUCGAUUUAACCGACGGAGGUGCUAGACUACUACGUAUACGAGAAGGUCAUCAUGCUCCACCGAACUACAUAAAGUAUUACGAUAGCAGUCACGUGCUCAGUGCAGGAGCCGACGGUUACCUCAGAGCAUUCAAUACAGUCGUCGAAAUAGCCAAUAAGAACUUGGGUCGUGCCUUAUACCGUAAAAGUAAAAAGAACUCGAAACGAAAACAACUAAUGGACGAGGAAAUGGAAGAAGAAUUAUUUUACUCGAAUUCUCUCCCACCUGUAGUUCGAUUCGCCAGCGAAAAAACUCGAGAAAAAGAAUACGAUAAUAUCGCCGCCAUUCACAACGGUACGCCGAUCAUUUCGACGUGGUCUUUCGAUAAAUGCAAACUGGGUCGUUACUUGUUCAACAAGAAGUACAAAAUACACGCUAAAUUCCGUCAACGAAUGCAAUCCACUGACACGGUGUUCAAGAAAGUCACCGCUACGAGUAUCUGUCUCACGCAUUGCGGUAAUUUCAUCCUGAUCGGGUACAGCACCGGAGACGUAGACAAAUACAACAUUCAAUCCGGUAUACUCAGAGGAUCGUACGGAUCUCCUCGAGCUCACGAAGCAGCAGUCACCGGAGUAGCUGUGAAUAACCUCAAUCAACUCCUCAUCACCGGUAGCAGAGACACGAAGGUGAAAUUCUGGCCUUUUCGACGACCCGAGAAACCAUUCCUGUAUCAAAUCAACUUAACCGAUAGCGUGACGUUUUUCACCGGUCAUGGCGAAAGCUCUAUUCUGGCAGUAGCUUUGGAUAACUUCGAAGUGAAUAUUAUAGAUACCGAUACGCAUUCUGUGAUACGAGUACUCGCCCAAGGUCAUAGUAGCGCUUUGACAGAUAUCACCCUUAGCCCGGAUGCUCGAUGGCUGGUCACAGCUUCGAUGGAUUGCACCAUCAAGACGUGGGAUAUCCCAUCGGGUAAAUGUUUAGAUACCUUCGAAGUAGAUAAACCUUGUACUUCGAUUACAUUCUGUCCUACUGGAGGCUUCCUAGCUACAACUCACGUCGACUGUUUGGGAGUCAGGCUGUGGACGAAUCGUAGUAUGUUCUCCUACGUACCUUUGGCUAACUACGAAACCCUACGAAUACGUACAGACGACGAUGAAAUCGAUAUUCUGACCAAAGAUUUGAUAACGUUAUCGACUAACGACGAUUCGUGUCCUGUAUCAGCCCGUUGGCAGAAUAUUUUCAAUAUCGAUGUAAUAAGGGAACGAAAUAAAGCUAAAGAACCACCCAAAGUACCUCAAAAAGCACCGUUCAUCCUACCAGUGAUACCAUCGGUCAACGUAGAAUUCGAUUUAUCAGCCAUCAACGACGAAGACCACAAAUCCGAUCAAGAUCUACAAUCGAAGUUACGUAAUUUUACGACGUUCGCGAAAUUACUCUCGAAAUCGGCGGAAGAUUAUGGAGAAGCGAUCGAUAAGAUUAAAACGAUGAGUCCGUCGUUGGUUAAUUUCGAAAUCAUGUCGUUAGCUCCGGAUAACGGUGGAUCGAUCGAAUUAAUGGUUCGGUUUUUAGAUAUGAUUAAAGUAAUGAUGUUAUCGAAAAAGUAUUUCGAGUUAUCGGCUUCGUAUUUGGGAUUAUUUUUGAAAAUACAUACGUCCGUCGUGAUAGAUAAUUUAGAAUUAGUUACGGUUAUCAAACAAGUAAACGAUGUACAUCAACGAGUAUGGUCUAAUUUAGAAAAUAGAUUAUUGUACAGUAUCAGUGUGAGUAAAUUUUUGAGAACUGUGUGAUACGAAUUUUGGUUUUGUAUUUUCGAAUAAGGAAAUAGAAAGGAAUACAGAAGAGUUUGAUUUUGUAAUCUAAAUAAUUACGAUGACGUUUUGUACAAAGUGUACUAAAUUAAGAUGUAAUAAAUUAUCGAAAUACUUCGAGUAUCAAUUCUGAAACUUUUUUUUUGUAUUAUCGAACAAAAUAUACUUUAUUUUGUGUUCGUUGA